AUGACACACAUUCGUUUUACUUUCAACGACGAACAGGUGACUUCAGGAUACAAAGCAACAACAAUAACUAAUGCACUUCCAUCCCCCUUUCUGGACCCAUUAUUGUCUCCUUCACUCAUGGAAGACUCUGAGCUAAGGCAGCUGGUCUUGGAAAUCCUGCAUAAUCUCAUUGAUCGGCAUGACAACAGAGCAAAACUCAGAGGGAUACGAAUAAUACCAGAUGUUUCUGAUCUAAAGAUAAAACGAGACAAAAUUUCAAGGCAAGAUGUGAGCUUCAUGAAAAAGCAUGGUCAGCAGUUGUACAGACACAUCUACUUAGGCUGUAAAGAAGAAGAUAAUGUCCAAAAAAACUUUGAACUGCUGUUUACAUCUCUAGCUCUUACCACGAUUGAACUAGCCAAUGAAGAAGUGGUUAUUGACCUCAUUCGAUUAGCUAUUGCUUUGCAGGACAUUGCCAUCAUCAAUGAGGAUAAUCUGCCAAUGUUUAAUCGUUGUGGUAUCAUGGCAUUGGUUGCAGCGUAUCUAAACUUUCUGAGUCAGAUGAUUGCAGUUCCUGCCUUUUGUCAGCAUGUCAGCAAGGUCAUUGAAACUAGAAGUCUGGAAGCAUCUUAUUUUCUACCAGAAACAAUUUUCAAAGACAAAUGCAAUCUUCCAAAAUCCUUAGAGAAGCAUGAAAAAAAUUUAUUUUUCCUGACAAACAAGAUUGCAGAAUCAUUAGGAGGCAGCGGAUACAGCGUGGAAAGACUGUCAGUUCCGUAUGUACCCCAGGUAACAGAUGAGGACAGACUUUCCAGAAGAAAGAGCAUUGUGGACACGGUAUCUCUUCAAGUGGAUAUUCUGCCUGGCAACAGCACAGAGGAUAAGGUUGAUAAUACUGAAGAAAUCACCUUUGAAGCUUUGAAGAAAGCAAUUGAUAACAAUGGACUUGAAGAACAGGAAAAGGAAAAAAGGCGCCUUGUGAUUGAGAAGUUCCAAAAAGCACCAUUUGAAGAAAUCGCAGCACAAUGUGAAACCAAAGCAAACUUGCUUCAUGAUAGACUUGCACAGAUACUGGAACUCACCAUUCGUCCUCCACCCAGCCCCUCAGGAACUAUGACCAUUACUGCUGGACAUGCUCAUUACCAAUCUGUUCCGGUCUAUGAGAUGAAGUUUCCAGAUCUUUGUGUGUAUUAAGUGUCUUCUGAAGUCUGCUGGACAUUAUUUAGAGUAGAGUACAAUAGAAAGAACAAGAUGAGUUUUCAAAUUUUA